GGCAGCGGUGGCGGCGGCGGCAGUGGCGCUGGCAGUGAUAACCGCGGCGGCCGACAGACUACGAUGCGCCCGGCUCCCGGCCGCAGGCAACAAGUGCCCCGUCAAGUCCGACCCUGAAUCCAGAUCCCACGCGUAUUUGCUGUUACUGCAGCUAGGACACCAACGUGAGCACAAUAAUACUUAGAAAAAUGAGCGUCGAUUGCGUUUACACCAGUGCAGUAACGUUACUGCUGUGCUGUUCGGCCGUCCUAGGACGACCUUCGUCCAAUGGUGGAGCAGACGCUGGCGGCGGCGGAGGCGGUGGAGGCGGUGCCGGCGGCGCUGGUGGCGGUGGUGCAGGUGGCGGCGGCGGUGGCGGGUCGGCGGUCGACGACACCGACGAGAUCCCGGUGGUGGUGACCAGCACCGGUCUGGUGCAGGGGUACACGAAAAUAAUUGCAAACCGCGAAGUGCGAGUGUACACGGGCAUACCGUUCGCCAAGCCACCGGUGGGUCAGCUCAGGUUCCGGCGCCCGGUGCCGGUCGAUCCCUGGACGGGUGUGCUGAACGCCACCAGAUUGCCGAAUACGUGCUACCAAGAGCGGUACGAGUACUUUCCCGGGUUCGUUGGCGAAGAGAUGUGGAACCCGAACACCAAGCUCUCCGAGGACUGCUUAUACUUGAAUAUUUGGAUACCGAAGAAACAGCGCACCAGGCACCAUUCGAAUAACGCACAUCAUGCCAAGAUACCAGUACUAGUUUGGAUAUAUGGUGGAGGUUAUAUGUCCGGUACUUCGACAUUAGAUAUCUAUGACGGCGAUUUAUUGGCGGCUACGUUCGAUGUAAUGAUUGCCUCAAUGCAGUAUAGGCUUGGGGCAUUUGGUUCAUUGUAUUUAACGCCCGAGCUCCCUGAGGAUAGCGAUGACGCGCCUGGCAAUAUGGGAUUAUGGGAUCAAGCGCUGGCUAUCAAGUGGAUCAAAGAAAACGCAGCAGCUUUCGGAGCUGAUCCAGAGACAAUUACAUUAUUUGGUGAAUCAGCAGGCGGUGGAUCAGUAAGCGUGCACUUAAUUUCGCCGGAAACAAGAGGCAUGGUAAAACGUGGUAUCAUACAGUCUGGCACCGUGAACGCACCUUGGAGCUACAUGACUGGUGAACGAGCAGUAGAAAUAGCAAAGAAAUUGUUGGACGAUUGCAAUUGCAAUUCAACGUCAUUGGAUAGUAACCCGAUCGGUACCAUGUCAUGUAUGCGUUCUGUUGACGCAAGUACUAUAUCUAAAAAGCAAUGGAACAGCUAUUCCGGUAUUUUGGGUUUUCCAUCUGCGCCCACCGUGGACGGAAUUCUACUUCCGGAACACCCACUGGACAUGUUGGCAAAGGCGAACUUUUCGGAUAUCGAUAUACUCAUUGGAAGCAAUCUGAACGAAGGAACAUAUUUUUUGCUGUACGAUUUUGUUGACUUCUUCGACCGGACGUCGGCCACCGCUUUGCCAAGGGAAAAAUUUGUACAAAUAGUCAAUGUGAUAUUCAAAGAUAGAACGCAACUGGAAAGAGAUGCCAUUAUAUAUCAGUAUUCGGGAUGGGAAAAAAAAGAAGUGGAUGACAUUUAUUCCAAUCAAAAACAAUUGAGCGACGUGGUUGCAGAUUAUUUUUUUGUUUGUCCUACCAACCUAUUUGCAAACAUCGUGUCAAGUCGUGGAGCUCGGGUGUACUAUUAUUUCUUCACUCACAGGACCGACUCACACUUGUGGGGUGAUUGGAUGGGCGUGUUGCAUGGUGACGAGAUGCAAUACGUGUUUGGCCAUCCGUUGAACAUGUCGAUGCCAUACAACGCCAGGGAAAGAGACUUAAGCAUACGAAUCAUGGAGGCGUUUACCAGAUUUUCGUUGACCGGAACACCUGUAUCAGAUGACAUAGAUUGGCCACUAUACAAUGAAUCAAAGCCCAUUUAUCAUGUAUGGAAUGCUGCAGAAAUGCACGUUGGUUACGGACCUAGAGCAGCUGAAUGUCAGUUUUGGAAUGGAUUUUUUCCGAAAAUCGCCCAAGCCUUGAAAGAAACUAGUAAAACUACUUGUGAAGAUUAUCCAGACUCCAUGCCCACUAUCAAUGAAAAUUGUACGUUCACGUCAUCGUUUGCUACUGUCAAUCCUCAAAUCUCCUUCACCAUAAUAUUUAUCUUCGUUCUACCGGCAUAUGGAUUGUUCUAAAGAAAAACAACAACUUAAAUAUAUCAAAGCAAACAAAAAAUAAAUAAAUAAAAAUAAAACGAGAAGUUUAAUAACAUUUAACGGCCAAUUAAGUGCUCGUGACUUGGGACGUCGACACCGGCACGAUAUGUGCUGCAAAUCAAAAUUUACAUAUCAGAAACGCGCAUAUCAUUAAAUACGUAGACAAAACCUAAAUCAAAUCUGAAACGUGAUACAAGUGUUAGGAUCAACAAGAUUUGUCGAGUGUUAAUUAGAGUAGGUAUAUAAUAAUAAUAUAAAUAAUAAUAAUGUUAAAAAUAAUAUAAUAAUCAUUAUAACCAUAAAAUACUAAAAAUAACGGUAUAAAAUGCUUGUUGUCCAUUUCAAAUAAAUGUGCAAAAGACACUGUAUUCUUAACUGAGAAACCUAAGUAUAUUACCACAUAUUAUAUUAAUAUAUUAUAUAUGAAUAUAUAAUUAUAAUAUAGGCAUAAAUAGUAUCUUCUAGUAAAAUUGCCCGUAUAAAUAUAUAAUAUAUCAUAUAAGUAUAAUAGUAGUGUAAUAAUGUAUCACAGCACGUUCUUUAAACUCAAGUCUAUUUCGUCCAAUUACACUGGGAUCACAAUAUCAACAUGCAGACAAUCUUAGCUCUUUAAUAUUGAUAAUUAUAUCAACUAUAAGUAAACUUUUUAAUAUAGCUCAAUUACAUUUAUAUAUGUACGUGUGUAAAACAGCUUGAGAAAAUGAAUCUUUUGUACAAUCUAGAUAGUAUUAUAAUAUCGUAUCUUUUAACGGACCUAAAGAUAGAUUAUUUAUGAUGAUCGUUUUUUUCAUAUUUUUAUACCUAAGAAAAAAAAGAAAAUGAGAAAAAAUCAAGAACUUUUUAGAAAUGCUAUAAUAACAAUCGAAAUUUAACAUUAUCGUUUUAUUUAUCAAAAUCUAUAAUAUUAUAAUAAUAAAUCAAAAACUGUUGCCAAACGAGUACAAAACCAACGCAUUCGUAGGUCGACAUUAAACGGCUUUGCGAAUAUAUGUUGUAAAUCAGUUUUCAAUUGAUCAGACGAUGUUAGGAAUGAGCUAUAGGAUUUCAUUUUUUAACAAUAUCGACAUGAUUCAUUGAAUGUAAAAAGCUAUUAUUUCAGAAAACACCAAUGUUUUUGAAAAUAUGAAUUUUAAGUAACUGUCAUUACAAAACUUUUUCGAAAACACUAUAGUUUUUACUGUUGUUUAUUGUUAUUAUUUUUAAUUUUUUAAACUACAACUGAUAUUUUAAUUUUGUCAUUCUGAAACAGAAUAUUAUUAUUUAUUUGAAGUAUUUUGAUCUUCUAACGAAUAGUUUAUUAGCUAUAAGUAUAUAAAGUUUAGUAUUUUGCGGUGUAUCUCUGUACUAUUCCACUUCAAGCAUCAAAACUUUAAUACUUGUAACUCAUUUUACGUAAAUUUAAUUUUUAUACAUGGAAGUACUUCAAAAAACAUUCUAUUAUAGAAUAAAGAAUUAAAAAUACCUGUUGUCGUUAAAAAAAUUAAAAAGUGACAACAAUGAAAAAUAGUACAAAAUAUAUUUUUUUAGAAAAGUAAAAAUAUAUACGUAUUUAAAAACAUUAAUAGUUUUUGAAAUAAUGAAUGUUGUACAUUUAAUGAAUCACUCGGUAUAAAUAUAUAAAUAUUAUAUAUUAUACUAUUUUAAUACUUAUUGAGAGAACGGCUCACUCGUCUGUUUCAUUUAUAUUAUAUAAUAAGUAAAUAUUUUUAUUAUUAUUUUUUUUUUUUUUUGUAGACAAUUAAGAUUUCAUUGUCAUUGGUCAUUGUUAUAACGAAAAAUAAAUAAGCUUUCAGCUUUGUUCUUUAUAAUAUUAUCAUAAACAUAUCAUAUUUAAUUACUUAAUAAUUCAGCAGUAAUCAAGCAGCUACCAUGCAAUAUUUACUAAUACGAUAAGAGGAGCAAUUGUUCUAUGCAUUACUAUUUAUUGUCGACAAAAUCAUUUAUUUUUCUUUUAUACCCAUCAACACUUAUUUAAUAAUCGUGUAUUCUUGUCAAAGAAUUUUCGAUACUAAUUGACAACUUUAUCAUAAAUUGUAUACAACUAAUAAGUAUGUACUUAGUGAUUCUAAAAAUAACAUAUGUAGAUACUAUUGGUUAGUCGUCUUUUGAUGCUUUAAAAUAUAUUAUAAUGCAAUAAUAGGUAUAAUGCUCCUCUUUUCACGCUAAUAGGUACUAACUUAAUCAUAUCAUAAUCACUGAGGUAAAACUUUGUCGCAGAACUAUUUUAGUAUAUUCAUUUUUGCUCAUGCAACAUAUUAUACUGUCGUUGGCUAAACAAAACACGUAUUAAACAUAAAAUAUAUUUUUAAAGAACGCGCAUUAUAUUUAAAAUAAAAAAAAAAUAAAAACUAUAUUGUUAAGAAUAAAAAAAAAAUUAAAAACUUAUGGUUACCUAUCUAGAAAAUAAGUUGAAUGUUUAGCUUUAAGAGAUAGAUUUAAGUAAAGUUAUAUAAUGAUGCCUAAAAUAUUUAUUUAUAAAUAAUAUUGCUAAACUAUUACUGCGCUCUAAAUGGCCUACUGUAAUUUUACAAAAGAAAAUAUUUAUAUCUGCCUGUCAAUUCCGUUACAUAUUAGCCUUUACAUAAAUAUAUAUUUAUAUUUAUAUAUUUUUUUUUAUACAUAGUGGACGGGCUAAUUUUAUAAAUAUUGAUUUUCUUAUGCAGACUGCACACCCACCUAGGCACUAUCUUGUAGCCGAUAGUUAAGGCAAAACAAAUCGUAUGUGUAUUUUAUGUCAAUUAACCAGACUGCGAUUUUAGACGAAUAAUAUAUUUAAAAAAAAUCCAAAAAAAAUCUAUAAUAAUAAUAUAAAUUAUAAUAAUAACGACAUAUCAUUAAUUUAUUAAUAAACAUAAUAUUAUGAUAUAAUUUUAACGCUUAGAAAAUAGAAUGAUUAUUUUCGUUUUGCCACCUUCUGUUAACUACAUUGUAAUGUCGCUCUAACGAAUAUUAUAUUUAAUGAACAUUAUAAAAACAUCAUGGUGUUUAAAAUCCUAUUAUUAAGGUUAUUAUACCUAAAAAAAAUAUAAUAUGAAUAGGAUCAUUACAUAUUGUAUUGUAAUAAACCUUGUAACGUCACGUCGUAUUAAACUUAGACCUUUUUUUGUACACAAUAUUAUAUAACUAUUGAAUUAAUUUAUGUAGUAGAUACCUGUAUAAGAUUUAGUUCUUAAAACUGUGACCGACUUCAUUAUACAUGAAUUAGAUAAUAAUGUAUUAGUAUUACUGUACGUUAGUAAGUCUGUACGCGAAAACAUACCAUAGUUAAUUAUAUUGGAUUAUUGACUUUACGUUGUAUAAAUUUCGUAUUCUCAAUAUUCUUUUUAGUAUUAUUAUUAUUGUUAAAAAAGUAUUUAAAAUUAUUAGCAAAGCGCAAACACAAUAAUACCUAGAAUAUAAUAUUAUGUCCGUAACUUACCCUUGUCGUAUUACAUAUCAUAUACGUAUAUAUAUAUAUAAUAUAUAUAUAUACAUAUUAUAAUAAUCGUAACAUAUCAAAAACUAUUACGCAUGCAUAUCGUUAAUUUAUAGAAUUAUUCGUAUUAAUAUUGUUGUUAUGAUUUGUCAAAUAGUUUUCGUCCGACAAACGUGUACCUUCCGUAUAGAUGCAGAUACAUCAUAUUGAAAUAUUAUAUUAAACGCGCGUGUGCUUACCACUUCUGUACAAUAUGAUACACAAAUGGUCAACUCUUGGUAACUCGAACAAGUUGAGCAGGGGAAUUGGACUGAUUUAAAUAAUUUAUAUUCGAUCAAGAAUUUCGAAGUGGGUGCAGGCGUGGAAUGACCCAUCGAUUCCACCAUCUACCAAUUUUUAAUUAUGAACAUCGUGGUAACUUUAUUAAUUAAUUUUUAAAUCAAUUUGACAAAAUAUUUUUCUAGAAUCUAGACACUGUGCCAAUGGAUUAAAUAUUAUAAAUUUCCAUUUAAAUAUACACGUUGCAAGAAACUAAUGAUGAAAUAUCAAAGUAGGUUUAAAAUUUAAAUAUUCUGAAAAAAAUUUCUUCUGAAAAAGUACUUAAAAAUAGACAUAAUGUAAUAGUAUAACCAAAAUAUACAUGUAUGUAAUGGUUUUAAAAAUGUCUUAUUAAUAAACUACUUACGAUCAUUUAAUUAUUAAAAUAAUAAUGUAAUAAUGAAUAUAGUAUUAUAAAAUAUAAAUAAUAAGUACCUAUAAUACUAUAAUGCAACUUACUUCCUAAUAAUUAUGAUAUUUUUGAAUAAUUUUCAGUUUUAAGCAAUACACUUUUACCAUUAAAAUGUAUAUCUAUAGUAUCUGGUCUAGUGAUUCGACAAUCAAUCUAAAAACAAAUGAGUAAAAAACAAUAUGUAUUUAUUUAUUUUUAUUUAUUUUCAUUUAAAUUCCCCAUACCUUUUUAGUAUAAAAUACCUGUUUUUAAAACUACAAAUAGACAAAACCCAGCAAAACCUAGAUUGUUUUAUAACUAUAUUAUACUGUACUAGCGGAAUUGAUCCUACCUCUUCCUAUGAUAAAAUAAGCCCAUAGAUCUAUAAAAUUCCACAGACAUGACAUCAACUACACGUGAAAUACGUAUAAAUAUUGACAUCUAUUAUUAUAUCAAUAUCGUAACAGUUAUUAAAGCCUUAAGAUGAAUUUAAUAUCUGUGUUAGCGCGAAUAAUUUUUUACUGUCGAAAUUUGAGUUUCCCAGAGUUGACUGUAACGUAUUAUACAUUAUUUACUCACCUAAGUGUAUGUGUACGUGUAUUAAUUAAAUGUGUCAAUAUAUAAUAAAUCUAUAAUAAAUGUGUAUGUAUAUUGUAUGUGUAUCAAUAAAACUACAUAUUACAUAAGAAAAAAUAAUUAUACAUGAAUAUAAUUUAUGAUGAA